CGAUGCCAGAAUCGAUUUUUUUGUACCUCUGCCCGGAAAGAAAAGUCAUAAAUCAGAGAAGUCCAAUAAGAAAAAAGCUUGUAAAAAUAGCACAAAGUCAAUAUUUAUUCGAGUGAAAUAAAAUAAAAUUAAACGAGUUCCAAUAACUAUACACGACAAACAAAAGCUGGUAGUAGUUUUAUUGCUUACGCAUUAAAAAUAGGUAUCGAAGGUGAACAAGCAAGUAGAGACAGAGUCGCAGUUGAGAUUUUAGAAACGACAAAGAAAGAAGUGAACUACGAUUGAAAGUUAUCUAAAAAAAUAUUUGCAAUAAAUUUAGCUGCUGAACGAAUUUAAACUCGUAAAAAUGGUGUUGAAGGUGUACGUUAGCGGAAUGUCCGGUAACAAGGAAGUGAAGAAACGCCAACAGCGUGUUUUGAUGAUCCUUGACAGUAAAAAUAUCAAGUACGACGUAGUGGACAUCACUGAGCCAGGAAAAGAAAGCGAAAAGGAAUUAAUGCAGACGAAGUCGACGAGCAAUGGAGCGACAGUUAGCGACACUGAUCCGCGCCACCCACUGCCACCGCAAAUAUUCAACGAAGAAGAAUACUGUGGUGACUAUGAUGCAUUUGACUUGGCCAAUGAGAUAGAUACGUUGGAACAGUUCUUGAAAUUGGCACCAGCCGACACGACAGCUGUUUCUAGUGCACAAAUAGAGCUAAAACAGGAAAACGGUGAAGUCAAAGUAGCAACAAAAGCAGAAGAUGAUGAGAACAAGGAAAAUAAAGAGACUGUUGAGGAGAAAAAGGAUGGCGCAGAGGCUGAGAAAGCUGCUGAUGACAACGAAGCAACUGCCAGCACUGGGGAGGCAGCAAACGGCGAUAACGCGAAUGCUGAGAAAGAGCAAAACGAAGAAGAUAAGAGAGAUGACGAAACAGGCGAAAACGACUCGGAGAGCAGAAAGGAUGAAGGCGAAGCGAAGGAAAACGAUAAUGAACAGGCGAAGACCAGUGAUGAGGCCUCAAAGCGGAAAGAAGACGAAGAAGUCUCGAAUGAGACGGAAGAAACAGAAAAGAAAUCUGAUGGAGAAGAAAAUGUAAAUGAAGAAACAGAAAGUGAAGAUGUGAAACCUGAAACGGAAGAAAUUAAAGAUAAAUCUGAUGAAAAGCCUGAAGAAAAAGUCGCUAAAGAAAGUGAUAAAGGCGAUGCGGCGAAGAGCGAAAAUGAUCCGGAAGAGAACCAAACGGAAGGAAAUGCGAAAACUGCAGAAAUUGCGGUUGAAGAGGGAAAUAGUGCCGAUAAGGAAGAAAAUGAUGAAGAUGAGUCCAAUACUUCAGAAGUAGACAACAAUGAAACUGAAACAGAUAAAGAAGAAGUGAAAGACGAGCCAAAUAAAGUAGAAAACAGCGAGAACUCGAAACAUGUUAACAAUGGAACAGAAAGGCAAGCCCCUGUUGCGGAAAACGAUGCGAGUACAGAUGAAAAGGAUACAAACGAAGAAAAUUUAAAGGAAGCUACAGAAGAUCGAGGAAAGGAAACCAAAGCGGUUGAAGACAGCGAAGCGGAAGACAAAGGGAAAAAGCAGGAAGAAAUAGGAAAUGUAGAUAAUAUUGAAGAAGAUGAAAAUGAGAGUGGAGAAGAUGAAGAUAGUAAAAGUGAAAACGAAAAAGAUAAGAAAGCAGAAAAUUUAGAUCUAGCGAAAGAAGAUGAAAAGGAAGUUGAAACAACAGACACAAUAGAAGCUGAUAAAACUGCAGAAAAGAAAUCGGAAUCUAUCCUUGAUGACGAAAAGGAAACUGAAACGAGCGAAGAAGACCCACAAAAAGAAUAAGUCGAAUGAUUAAUAUGUAUUUACAAUAAUAGAAUUCGUCGAGCGGCAGACUGUUUAGCACAUCGUUAACUUAAUUUAAUGCUUCAUUUCCAUUCACAGUUUCUUCCGAGUACCGCAUCCAAACCCUCACUGCUUAUCCUCGUUCAGCAGCAAAAUGUGUAGAUCCCAACAAGAGGUUGCGGUAUUCUUCUGGAGGAUGUCUUAAUUGAGAG